AUGGGUUCUAGAAGAUACGAUUCGAGGACAACUAUCUUCUCCCCAGAGGGACGUUUGUACCAAGUGGAGUACGCAUUGGAGUCCAUAUCGCAUGCAGGUACUGCGAUCGGUAUCAUGGCCACCGAUGGUAUCGUUUUAGCAGCCGAGCGUAAAGUUACGAGUAAACUACUGGAGCAGGACACAUCGACGGAGAAAUUGUACAGAUUGAACGACAAGAUUACAGUGGCAGUUGCUGGGUUGACCGCAGAUGCAGAGAUUCUGAUAAAUACUGCCAGAGUGUAUGCACAAAAUUACCUGAGGACGUAUAAUGAGGAUAUCCCAGUUGAGAUUUUGGUUAAGAGACUAAGUGAUAUAAAACAAGGCUACACGCAGCACGGUGGUCUUAGACCGUUUGGUGUCUCCUUCAUUUACGCCGGCUAUGACGACAGAUACGGAUAUCAACUGUACACUUCGAAUCCGUCAGGUAAUUAUACGGGCUGGAAAGCCAUUAGUGUUGGUGCCAACACUUCGGCCGCACAAACUUUACUCCAAGUGGAUUACAAGGACGACGUUAAGCUCGAAGGUGCUAUUGAGCUCGCACUCAAGACGCUCUCCAAGACUACAGAUAGCAGUGCUCUCACAAACGACCGUAUUGAGUUCGCAACUAUUCAAAAGGCGCCAGACGGUAAGCUUUACCAAAAGAUCUUCAAGCCCGAAGAGAUCCAGUCUCUACUGGUCAAGCACGGAAUCACCAAGAAGCACCACGACGACGAACAGGACGACGAGUAA